AAACGUCGCCUAUUAAAGCGCAAAGCAUUUUUGUUGUUUUGAUUCAUUCUACUUCGACGAGGAGUACCAGGGAUUGACUUCCUGUUCUGGAGAGAGAGAGAGAGAGAUGGGCGCCCUCAGCAAUCCGUCUGUCCUGCUACUGUGGUGCUUCCUCGCACUUGCUUCCCUCGCCCUCAUCCAGCACCGCAUAGGUUUCGUCACAGAGUCAUCUUCUCACACUAUUCCAAACACGGAUCAGGGCAAAGCACCUAAAAAAGAGUUGCAAGAAAUAACUUACAAGGUUUACUUCGAUGUGGAGAUCAAUGGCAAGCCUGCUGGUCGAAUUGAGAUGGGACUCUUUGGGAAGACAGUGCCCAAGACAGCAGAAAAUUUCCGAGCUCUUUGUACAGGUGAGAAAGGUAUUGGGAAGAGUGGAAAACCUCUUCACUAUAAAGGAAGCUCAUUCCAUAGAAUUAUACCAAGCUUUAUGCUUCAAGGGGGUGAUUUUACUCUUGGAGAUGGAAGAGGCGGGGAAUCAAUAUAUGGAAAUUCAUUUGCUGAUGAAAACUUCAAGCUUAAACACACUGGGCCGGGUCACUUGUCUAUGGCAAAUUCUGGACCUGAUACCAAUGGAUCCCAAUUCUUCAUCACAACUGUAACAACUAGUUGGUUGGAUGGCAAACAUGUUGUGUUUGGGAAGGUCAUCUCAGGAAUGGACGUAGUCUACAAGAUUGAAGCAGAAGGAAGGCAAAGUGGGACCCCUAAAAGUAAAGUGGUCAUCGCAGACAGUGGCGAGCUGCCCCUGUGAUUCUCCUCAGCUGAAUGCCCAUAAAAUAUAAAAUUAUAUACUAGUUAACUGCUCAGGUUUUAAUCUGUAGCUUUGCUUCAGUAGAAUCAGUACUAAUUGUGAUAAAAUGAGUACUAAUGAUGGUGCUUGUGCUAAUUAUGAUUUCAUAGUCUGGAUCCCUGGACCGAGAUAGAGCCUAUUGCAUUUCGAUUGUAAUAUGCCCUCAUUAGUCAUGUUUUGAAAUAAGUCUUUGGGGCAUCUAAAGUCUCGAAGUUUUGCAGUUAUUUUUAACAUUUUUUCUUUUCCUGCUUUGCCUUCUGGGAUCAUGAUGAAUGAAAUCAUUCAUUUGAUGAAA